AUGGCCCGCCCAUCGCCACUAGCGUGCAUAGAAUGCCGCCAACACCAUGUCAAAUGCGAUGCCAAAACGCCCUCCUGCUCCCGCUGCUUAGACACCGGUAUUAGUUGCAAAUAUCUCCCUUCGCGUCGUGGUCGAAAUCGAAAAGCCCGCGAUGGUCGCCGGCCUGAGUCCAGCACAUUAGUCCCCGAGAUAUCGCGCCCCGGGGACUCUGGGCCGUUGGGGGGGGAUAUCAUCAACUCCCCUUUUUCGAGUAUGGGCAAUAUUACCAAAGACAAUGCUUCCAUUACUUCCAGAGCACAUGGUCAAAGUCCUUUACCGGGGGCAAGUGCCCAAAAUGACCUGGAUCCUGACACACGACUCGUCCGUCAAUACUAUGAGAACUUCCAUUCAGCACAUCCUAUCCUGGUUCCAGCAAAUGAAUAUGAAAGGCGUGGGUACCCGGAAUGCGUGCGGCAGGUGGUCCGGUUUAUCGGAAGUCAUUAUUCGUUGUUAAUAUCUAGUGAAUCGUUGCGGGAAUCCACGGCUGUUCGAUUAAGCUCCAAUGACACGAGAUCGCCAUCGAUGGUGAAGGCCCUCCUACUCUAUUCGAUAAUCCUAUACGCCCGUGGAGAGAAUACAGAGGCCCAAGAAUGGUUCUCACGAGCAGUCGAUGGCGCAUUGGAGCUUGGAAUGCACCGCAAAGAAUUUGCGACGAUGUAUUGUGACGGCCAGGAACUCGAAGCAGAGAGCCUACGGCGGACAUGGUGGGAACUUACAAUUAUGGAAAUAUACAUGGCUUCUUUUCAGAGGAAGAUCACCUUGCGGUGUGGUAGCAUCGCCCACGAUGUUGGACUUCCUUGCGAGGAAUCAAUAUAUGCAAACAGCAACGAUGACGGUGAUACUACUGAGUCCCGUUAUUCGUCGUACAGCUAUCGCAUUGAUGCUGCGUAUAUUCUAGCGCGAGUACUCGUUCUCAACAGUCUGGGCGAAACACAUCGAGAUCACCUGCAAGCAGUGGAGAAUGCACUUGUCAGCUGGACAAACCACCUUCCGCCAAACAAGGUCGAUAUUGUGGAUACAUAUGGCGUUGUCGACGAGAUGCUCUUCCAAGCGCACACCAUCAUUCAAUACGCUGCGAUGCUUUUGCACCUUCCUCGGAGUAAUAUUCGACCAGCUGUACCAGACGCGGAAACUGUUACGUGUCCGAUCACUCCUGCUCGCUUGCCGCCAUCGUUUACCCGCCAUGUGCACGAUAUUAAGGCUACAGAAGCGUCAAAGCAGCUGUCUAACCUACUUUCCAUGCGUCCCAACGUUCAGAGAUAUAGCCCGUUUAUCAUCUGCAGCCUCGCCCUGUGUGGUCUAGUUCAGCUAGCCACUAGUCGAAUCCAUUCGCCCGAAUGUUCAGAGCAUCAUCGCAACCGCGUCGUUCUCGUCCUCGGGUGUCUAAAAGUACUCAAGCGGAACUGGUCUAUCGCACAACAUGCAUAUCAGCAUGUCCGACAAGCGGCGGCAGAGACAUUUGCUGCCUCGUCUGGACCUUUGCGAUGGUUUCAGAGUCAUGGCAGUAGCAAUUCGUCUGCUACUUUGAAGAACGGUCCUGUCAGUGGACGAUCUUCUGUCGAAGGUCCUGAAUUGCUCAACGUUGGUGGGAAUCUUCCUGCAAUGCCUCCGACAAAUACAGACGGGCAGGACAUGUUUUCCCAGGGGCUUUUGUCGGCGUAUAUUGAUCCCACAUGCAGUGAUCCGUCGUUUUUGAAUAAUAUUUUCGACAUGGAGCUGACAUAG